AUGAUAAUCGAUGCAAAGGUCUUCCGGAUAUUUGAUGUCGAGGAAGUCCCCUUCUAUCGUCGACCCGCCCAAUACCUGACUGCGUCUAUGGCGGCCGCUGGUUUCAAUGACAAGGAAGCCAAAAUCGCUCUGGACAAAUUGCAAAUCUUUCCCGCAAUAUUGGCUCCGCAGAUGCAAUGA